AUGAGGACUGUAAAGACAUCAGCUACGUCAAACAUGUCAUUCGUCGACGCAUCCAUACUCAGCAAAUUGGAUCUUCCAGUAUUUGAAGGGAGUCUACUCGAAUUUCUCAAGUACUGGGCUCGCUUCUCCACCUUGGUCGGUGACAAACCACAACUAGACGACGCGACAAAAUUUUCACUUCUCAAAUUCACUCUACGGGUCGAGCUCUACAAACAGUCAAAGGACUGGCAGUAA